AUGGUCCGGUCACUACGGUCGGGCCGCGGUAAACCGGUGCUCUGGUGGGCGCUCUGUCUUCUGGUGGUAGUGCAGGUGCCAUGGGCAGCAGCGAAGCCAGACUUUGGCAUCAACUUUCCGAUCGCGGGCAGCCCCAAGGUGUCGAAAGCGAUCAGCGAUGCGAACACGGUCCUGAUUGCACUGGACGAUAAUACGGAGCUGGUGACGCUUUCGGGCUACCCGGGACUACAGACACUGGUCGAUACGCUGCGGAAUAUUAGCCUCGUGCUGGUCAGCGUCGGUAGUGAGCUACCACCGCUCGGGAUGGCACUGGUCGCGAACAACUCCAACAACAUUACGGGCGCAUUCGAACCCGUCUACACCAAAAUCAUCGCCCUGAAUGUGACGAUCAAUGUGGAGCUACCGCCGACCAUCACCAUCAUCAACGACCUGAUCGGCCAUUACGUGCCCGAUAUGCUGCUGGAUGGUUUCGCACGGGUCGUGAAGGGACUGAUCGAUAUCACCCAGGCACUGAUGGCCAUGCAGUCCGCCCUGAACGAUGCGACCCUGCAGGCCGGUGGCAAUACGGCCGACGUGACCGUGGACAUGCUGAAGCAGCACGUCAAACCGGUGCACGUGUACCAGUUGGUGUUUUUCGUGAAUCAACUCCGCGCCUACCUGCCGGUGGUCAAGUUCAGCGUCGACAGUACGCUCGAGAACAUUGCGAUGGCCGACAAGUAUCUGCUGCUGGUGAAGGAAGCGCUCUCGGCCACCGACACCAACUACCAGAGUCUGAUGGCGGACGUGAAGAACGUGACGGAUAAGAUCGCGGUCACCGUGCAGACGGAGUUCGGCAACCAUACGCAGGCGGUCGGGGCGAUCCAGCAGGCGGCGGUCAAUGUGACGGCACUGGCGGGACCGAUCGGUAGCUUCAAGACGCACACCGACUCCCUCACGACGGUUUACUAUCCGAAGAUGCGCGCUGCACUGCAGGCACUGCUCGAUGCGCUGCAGGAGUCACUUACCGGUAACGCGACACCCGGCAUUUUCUGGUCGGACGCACUCGAUAGCCUCAUCAUUACGCUGAUCGAGAACGGAGGAUACGCACAGUUCUGUUUCUACAAGUACUACGGGCUGGUGUUUGGUACGAUCACGGCGCUCAGCGAUAGUGUGAAUCAGUGUUUCGAUCUUGAGAUUCCACGGUUGGAGCAGCUGAACGACCUGUUGCCAUCGUUGAUCCUGCAGCUGCAGUACGAUUACGAGGAUCUGCUGACCGAGAUUGCCGUCUGUACGGGGCUCGCACCUUAUCAGCUGGAUGCUUCGUGCCUUUCGACGUUGUCCGGUUAUUACACUGACAUUGCGAUCCAGUUUGGCAACAAGCUGAAGGCGGUGUUUAACUUCAUCAGCAGUGCGACGGCAUCGAGCGCCAACCGGUACCUCAUUUGCGUCGAGCUGCUCAAGCUGACGGUGAUGGAGGACAACGAGCAGUACCUGACCGACGACAUCCGGCAGUGUGCCCUCGGUGGACCGAACGCGGACAAUUGA